AUGGUUUUGGGGAUGUUUUUCGCUGCAUUUGCAAGGACAACAGUUAAGGGUGAGAGUCACCAGAGUUUGCAUCACUUCUGGGAAAUGGUUGCUUAUAUUGCAAAUACAUUAGUAUUCAUACAUUAUGGAGUUAUUAUCGCUGAAGGAGUUCUUAGCGGUCGGAAAAUAUCUUACGAAGGAAACUCGUGGGGAUUUCUUUUCCUCGUAUACUUGUAUGUCAUACUUUGCCAUUGUGUUGUGGUUGGAGUUCUGUAUCCAUUACUAUGUCGUAUUGGCUAUGGCUUGGACUGGAAGGAAUCCUUUGUAACAACAUGGACUGGAUUAAGGGGUGCUGUGUCACUAUCUCUCGCUCUAUCGGUAAAACAAUCAAGUGGGAAUUUAUUUCUCAGUUCAGAGACGGGAACGAGGGUGGGAUUGUUUUCAUAA